CGUUUGCUUCCUGUACGGUGACAUUUUGAUGGCACCACGACGUAAAUGUGCUGUUUGUGGGUCGAAGCAAUGGCACAAAGACUCUUCGAGCGGCCUUGUUGCCUGCAGCGAAGGUCAUGUCAUCCAGAACUACAGAAAUGAACAAGGCGAAACACAGGAUCUAGGUAAUUACACCAUGAGGAAGCGCACUCUAAAGGGGGGUCGCAAGAAGGGAGCAAGGCAGAGCAGAGCCGAUCCUAAGCUGUAUCACGGCGAACGUGCACGGUUUCACUAUUAUCAAUGUUUGCAGCUGGUCCUAAGGAAGCAGAUCGCAGCAUUGAUUGCACUUUGGGAUCUACCACCCGAGUUUGAGGCUGUGUGCAGAGAUACAUGGGCGUUGCAUUUGAGUCUUUUACCACGACCACCCCCUGCGGAACCUUACCACCACAUGCGAGAGCAGAAGGGUCAUGACUCCGACGCCGGUGGUACAAAGCUAUCGUUAGACAACCCCGAAGAGUCUAGAUCUGACGACAACGACAAUGAUGGUGACGACCCUCAGUCGUGCUCUUCUAGCAGUGAAGAGGAAGACCCAGAACUGGCAGAGCUUCUACGCGAAAAUUCCGAAUUCAGUUCCUCUGAAGAGGAAAAGGACCGUGCUGCUCAAAAGCAAGGGGCCCAGCCGAGUUACCGAUUCGUCGGUACAUAUGACCGUCCCGUCAACUGUAUUGUUGUUCUGGUGGUCGCAUGUUGGACCAUGCGCUUACCUGUGAUGUACAGAGAUUUCAUUGACAUCACUGAAUCUUACGAACUCCCUUAUUUGGAUUCUCUUCGCCUCCUCCCAUCCGAUAUGACUUGUCAUCUGACGAAGCACGCUGUUCGCGCCCUCUCUCCUCGUUUUCCCCCGAAUACGCUUUACCUUCACCGCCUUGCCUCUCGCUUGGCAAAGCUCAUGUAUGCUAAUUAUGGUGUAUUCACACCAGAGCUGAACGCGUCGCCCGUAUUAUGGCGAGUUGUGCAGCAAUGUCUCGGCAGCACUCCUACCCUGUACAGGCUCGCAAAGAGGCUCGGUCAUAUCCUGUCUCUGCCGUUAACACUCCACCACAGCCUGUCAUCCACGUUACAUCGCGUUGCACCAGGUGAUCCCGGAAGUCAUCUCUAUGACAAUGUUCCGCCGGAGCUAGCUCUUGUGGCUACAGCAAUUGUUGUAUUGAAACUUGUGUAUGGCCUCGACGGGAAACCGAGGCUCCCACGGGUUGUAGAGGAUCCCGCGUCCGCCCUUCCAGAUGCUCGUGGUUAUCUGUCAGCAGUCAGGAGGAUGAGUGAAGCGGAUAACCGGCAUAAUGAAAGGCGAUUUAGCUCCAGGGUUCCUAUGUCAACCGGCGAUAUGGAUCUUGCGACAGUAGACGAAUUCCUCGACUUUUGCGAAAGGGUAUUAGUGAAAUCGCAAAGGGAUGAAGCAGAUCAACAAAUCGUGGACAAUUAUUUCCCACUGCCAGCUGAAGAUCGAAGUGCUAAUUUGGAGGCGCUAGCCCCUCCCAGCAUCGCCGAAGGACUCUCAGCGCCAAACAUCAACGUAGGCGAGACAGAUGUUCUACAACCUGGAGAAUCAUACACCAUCUACCAUUCUCGCGAUGUCCUGGGAAACCUCCCAGAGGAGCAAGCGCUGAUAAUCACGCAAUCAGCGAAGUGGGUUGGCGUCAGUGAUGAUUACUUGUGCGGUGUAGUUGAGCGGUUUGAGCGGCGACUUCGGCGGUGGCAUUACAAGGAGCGAAGACGAGAGAAGGAAGAGCAAGAGUCAGAAGGAGACAGGCUGUUCGAUGGAAUGGAGGAUUGAGGGCGGACGCUCAGGCUGGCCGAUGGGCCGACACCAAAAAUAGUGGGUAUCACAUACGUGAUCAGGUCUGCUUUAACCUUGGAUGCAUCGUGGCACCAAUGUCAUUCCGUCAUGCAUCAGCAGGGGGUAAUAACAAUGAUCAAUACCUUGCUGCAUGCAGGGUCGUUCACACGAAACUAGCGGAAACAUCAGGCACCUGUGAUCUUCGUGUGAGGAAGGUAUAUAAAGCCAUGUGUCUACCGGUAUCCGAAUCCUUGAACCUCGAGCGUCCACGGAAGAUCGC